GAUUGGUUCUCUCUGAUGGAGUCAUGAAAAAUAUCCAUAAAUAAGAACCCAUUGGUAACCAAUUUCCACUUGUAUAGUGAGUUCAGACUGUCUCCAGAAAUUUCUGAGCAUUGGACACCCUAAUUUUCCACCCUGAGAUAAUGGAGCAGUUUAAGAACUGGCUGGGCCACCCCAAGGAGCUCUACAACCUGGUGCGGUUCAAGAUGGGAGGUUCCAAGACUGUGAUGCUCAAGAUGGAUGAAGACUCACUCAGCGACAGCCUCCGCCUCUGCUACCAGUACCUCAACCAGAUCAGCUGGACCUAUUCCAUUGUCGUCCAGGUGCUCGAGGGGGAGCUGCGCCAUGUUCUUUGCAUCUUCUACUUAGUUCUCCGGGCUCUGGACACGGUGGAGGAUGACAUGACGAUCAACCUGGAAACCAAGAUCCCCAUGUUACAGAACUUCCACUCCUACCUGUAUCAGCCAGACUGGCGAUUCAUGGAUAGCAAUGACAAACACAAACAAGUGCUGGAGGAUUUCCCAACGAUAUCUUUUGAGUUCCGGAAGCUGGCAAAGGUCUAUCAGGAUGUAAUUGCUGACAUUUGCCACAAGAUGGGCCUUGGGAUGGCCGAGUUCUUGGAGAAGAAGGUGGAGUCGGAGAAGGACUGGGACAAGUACUGUCACUACGUCGCCGGCCUGGUGGGGAUCGGAGUCUCCCAGCUCCUCUCUGCGUCCAAACUGGAAGACUCUAUUGUUUGCCAGGACACAGAGCUUGCCAACUCCGUGGGGAUUUUCCUGCAGAAAACCAACAUCAUCCAGGAUUAUCUGGAGGACCAACUUGAGGGCAGAGAGUUUUGGCCUCAAGAGGUUUGCAGCAAGUAUGUAAAGACAGUGUCCGAUCUGGCCAAGCCUGAGAACAUUGACAAAGCAGUGCAGUGUAUGAACGAGCUCAUCACCAACGUCUUACAUCACAUUCCCGACAUCUUGACAUGCUUGUCUCAGCUGAAGACCCAAAGUGUGUUCAACUUCUGUGCCAUCCCACAGGUAAUGGCUAUUGCUACCUUGGCAGCCUGCUACAACAAUCAGCAGGUCUUCAGGGGAGUGGUGAAGAUCCGGAAGGGGCAAGCCGUCACACUGGUAAUGAAUGCCACCAACAUCCAGGCUGUUAAGGCCAUCAUAUACCAGUACAUGGAAGAGAUCUACCAGAAGAUUCCCAGCACAGACCCUUCCUCCAGCAAAACUCAACAGAUCAUCACUUCUAUCCGCUCCGUGACCUUACCCAGAGGAGGACUUGUCUCCAGGACCCAUUACUCUCCCAUCUACUUGUCUUGUGUGAUGCUUUUAGCAGCCCUGAGCUGGCAGUAUCUGAGCAUGGUGUCGAAGAUGGUGGAAGAACAUGUACACACUGGGGAGAACUGAUUGAUGUAGUGAUUGUUUUGAAGGAAAUGCUAUUUCAGACCAGGAGGACUUGAUUGGAGUCACAGAAUCAUAGAGCUGGAAGAGAUCUCAAGGGUCAUCCAGUCCAUAAACCAGACUCAAAACCUUGAAUAUGCGAAUUUGUUUGAACUGGAAGCUUACACAAGAUAUAGCUGUUAACAAACUAAGGUUCCUCAAUGGAGACAUCCUCCUCGUUCUCCAUUUCCCCAGUUUUGGAUAGACUAGUUGUGGGCAAGUCUCUUUUUGAGUCUUAAUAUAUUUUUCUGCAGGGUAUUUGACCUGUGUUUUUGUUUCAGUUUUUUUCUUCUUAUAUAUGAUCUUUUUGAACAAGAAAGUUGGAAGGUGCCUCUUUGUUGCUUGUUAAUUUUAACAGUAAAAAAAAAUUGCUGUGAUGAAG